AUGUCGGUGGUCAACCGAUGGCCACAAAGCCACAUUGGUGACCCCCAAGUCUAUAAAGCCUCGUCGUUCUCUCCUCUUUCUGUCCACCACUCUCCCUUCCUCCCCACCACCUCCAUUACCCUUGUCCUCUCUCAUGCGCUCCGGUACUUACUGUCCUCUCCAAGAUCUCCUUCAUCUGUACAGGUUAUUAGGCACGAUCGCCCCAGGCACGACGUCAAGUUCAUAGCAGGCACGAUCGCCUUCAAGCACGACAGCAAGUUCAAUAGCUACGUUGUAUCUUCUGGCGACACUGCUCUGGGAUCUGUGGCUUUAGUCUGUGGCAUCGGGCUCUAUCGUUCUCUGGAGGUGGCUUCGACGUCUGGUUGCUGCUGUGUUCUGCUCGCUCUUCGCUGUCUUCUCUGGUCGCUCUGUGUUCUCACCUCUCUGUGCUCUCUCAUAGCUGUGUCCUUUUUUCUCCUCGCUCUGGCUUGCUCGCUCUGUUUGACUUGGUCCUUGCUGUCUCCUUCUCUCGCUGUGGCUUUGCUCCUGGUUUCUGGCUUCUCAUCUCAAUCUUUGCUCGUUUAUCUCAGUCUUGUCUCCUUGCUCGUCAAUCUUCUCUGCCCUUUCUUCAUGCUCGGCGGCCCUAGUCUCUCUCUGCGACCUUCUCGGUCUCUCUUGCUUCUCUCCCUUUCUUGCUUAUUUCCCUUUUCUGGUAUAUCUGGGCGACCUUCUCAGCUCAUCCUUGGUCACGAAUAUCUUGUCAGUGUCGCGCACCGCCACACACGUCUACUUAUAACUGCAAGAGAUCGUGUCGCCAGUUAG